GGUGUACGUAGUAGUACAUCAGCCACCCAACAGUAUCACUGUAUCGAUAAUAACCUUCGCUUGCCCCAGUCCAUAUCUUUGCUUCAUAUAUCUGUCAUUUCACCUGACACGUGCUAUAUCAAUGUUCAAGUUUAUACGUCGUGUUUCAACUUCAUUUCUGCCGCGCCCAGAUCGGCCCUGGAGAGAUGAUGCAACGUCAAAUGCUCCCACAAUAGGUCGGAAGAGGUGCUUCAGCUUCGUUGAGGAUGACGAUGAUGACUCUACUUCGACGAGUGUCAAGAAACUAAGGGGGGACUCCACGCAGGUUGAAGGCAGUACCCCUCCAAUACCAGCAGACUGGGAUAAGACGGAGGGGGAGGGUGUCAAGUCAGUGACACAGGGGGUGGAGGAUGUGGAAUUGGAUGAGAAGAAGUUGGAUUCACCCUGCGGCCCCGAGGAAAUCCCACUUCCGGAUUCUCCUGGUAGAACCCAACCACUGGAUACAACAUUGACGGAAGAAGCAGCUACGACUCCGGAGGAGGAGGCCGAUAAGGAAGACGCCCAAGAUGAUUCGGAUGCGGAUUCGGUAGCUUCUUCAUCUGAAGUAAUUUUGGAUGAGGGGCAACCUGAGGAUGAUUCAAAGGAUGAUACCAAGGCACUUUCUACAUCAGCAGCUGAGGAUACACCUGUCGCAGAAGACAUUCCCACUGCCGAUGAUACCCCAGCAGACACUGAGACCGGUGUAUGACGUGGACCAUACCCUCGCUUUUACAAUCUAUUUUAUCGAUGAACACGAGUACGUCUAAGUGCAUAGAUCUAGUUAUUGAUGAAUGUACGGAUACAGAAUGGAUUGCACGCUGGUUGGUGCAGAAGAGGGUUCUAUUAACGAUUUAUGAUACCGACACUGUUUAUACGUACUGCUACUAAUUCCUUGUUUGCCAAUUAUAUCAAUGUAUUCAGGACA